AUGUUCCCUAUCACCACCACCACGACGACCUACAACAACAGCAGCAUAGCUCCCGGGUCAUGGCGCGAUUCGCACUCUGGAAAGUCAUCGCCCGACAUUCUCCGGCACUCGUCGAGCUAUAGCUCUCAGAAUGCCUUUGACACACCUAUCUCGGAGCCGGCGACUCCGGAUGGCCAUCUCGUGCUGCCGAAGCUGCGAACCCAAAGCACGCGGGUCAGCAUCAAACCGCACCACAUCAGAAGCCGGCCUCUUCGCGAUGAGCGGUCGUCGACAUCGAUCGACCUGUCGCGAUCUUCGGUAGAGCUGGAAGGCCUUGGGAUCUACACAAACCUCGAAAGGGACAGUCGAUUGUCCCAGCCCCGUAACAGCGUUUCGAGCUAUCCCCGGUCGAUCACCGAAAUCGCCUCAAAUACAACAAACAGAAUCGGACAAACCUAUGUCCAUCCGCGACGGCAGCUGCCAACGUCGCUUACCCCGUCUCUCAGCGAAUCUCAGCGCUGUUCUAUUGACGAGGGCUAUUUCCCACCCACCAAUGGAAGUCUAUCUGGCUUUGACAUUGCGCAAACCCCGGUCCUGGAUGAAGAUUCCCCGUCCUUCCGUGAAUUGAAAACGACGAGAACAUUUUCAGUAGAUCUUUCCUACAACUCUAACACGGCGAUGAUGAUCCAAAGGGCCAACACAGAUGCAGCAUCAAAUCUCCACGGGGGAUCUUGGAAGCGGCUCUCCAGACGGCAACCUCAAUCCGAUUCAACAGCACGCGCCGCCGCUAUCCACGCUGCUCGUAUCGCAUUCGAGGAAAAAGAAGCUAACAAGGGAAAGAAAGCCGAGGUCCUUCGCAAAAAGGCACCCGAGCGUGAGUUUCACCGGAAUAAUAACAGCCUGGAAUCACCGAAUCUGAGCCCGAAACAAACUGUCAAUGACGAAUCUCCUUUACAAGUUGAAAAGAACAGUCGACGUGCCUCUGUUGCGGCAAAUCUGACUGUUUCCUUCCCUGAUAAUGACGACGACGACGAAGAAACCGACAAUGAAAUCAUCAAAACACGAGGGCGACCACAGACCGAGGGAGCCGAACCGACAAGAAUACGCUCACAAUCUCCUGUGGGCAACGCGAACAAUUGGGUGCGCUUUAUGACUUGGUCGAGAACUCGCUAUUACAAAGCAAAGAGGAGGGUCUCCUCGUCGCAUUUUGCAGUCAAAUGA